GGUCAGACUCGUCAUCUCCGCGCGCGCGAGUGAUUUUUUUCUUUUUCUUUCGAGCACGGACACGACCGUGGUCCGUUGGGAAAUCUGCCGCGACCCCAAUCAAGUUAAAAGGCUCUCUCUCCCUCUCCCUCUCUCUUAAAGGCUUGAUUUACCGUUUGUUGUCGCGAACAAACGUACGUACGUACGUACGCGCGAGGAGUACACCUUUGGCUCGCGUUCGCUUCCACGCAGGACACUUGUCGAUAAUCCGAAUGUACGUCGUGGUGUACCCUAGUCGGAUCCAGUCUCUUCUCGCGCGAUGCAGCUUCACGCCGCAUGUACACGCGUAUUCUCGCCAUGCUAAAAGUAUGCUGCAAGGACGCACUUCUCGCGUCUGACAACGCGGAGAGACGCAAUAAGUUUCUUUCGAUUCGUAUUCGAUCGAAAUUCAUUGCCAACAUUGCGUACACGCGGAACAGCGAAAGGAAAACUGCUUUCUCACACCGUACUUUUUAAUCGGCAAUUAGCGUAUUAUUCGACAUGUGCAGUAUACGCGGAUUGUAGACGAUAGAUAUCUCUUGCUGUGCUUGCGAAUAAUGCGAAUCGUUUGAAUAAAAAGAUUAUCUUCAUAUUUUAGAAAUCAUUUUCCGUCGUCUCUGAACAUAAAAUAUUAAAACUUUCAAUAUUUAUAGAAUAUGUUUUUUGUUUCGUCUUUUUGUCUUUUAUAUGAUGAAUGAAUAAUGAAUGAAAUAAGAAGCAAAGAAGGUUAAUAAUAUGUAUUAUUGUCAUUAUACACGUUAUUUAUGUUUACAGAUAGAAAUUUGUGGAAAUGUAUAGCGCGCGAUAUACGAUUGUUGUCACACAGCAAUAUUUUUACGAAAUCUACGCGGGGCGUAGAAUGAAGUAAAAAGACAUAUUCUUCUCAUGUUGAAACGUUGGACAAAAUGUGCAGUUGCCAGUGGGAGAAGAAACGAAGCAAUAACUUGGAGACGAUUCGAAAAGUCGGAAUCACUUUCCCCCAGGUGGACUCUUGAGCUUUCAAUUGGCGCGAUUAGUAAAUAAGGACAAUACAAGCAUCUCUGUCCAAAUAAAAAAAAAAAAAAAAAAGGAAAAAUAGAAAUUUUUCUCUUAUGCCGCAGACGUAAAACUUUAUGCCGCGUCGAAAGUAACGAAGAAGCAAAAGGAAGUUUUCGAGAUCACGAGAUUUCUAAAGAUCGUACAAGUGUGGAUUCGAGGAGCGCUAUUGGGAACGUGUGCGGGUGAUUACGUUACUAGAGAGAGAGAUUUACGUCUCGCGAUGGCAAGAACUAACGCGUUACCCUUGCACGAUGCCGCUCCCAUGCGAGUUAGCGGAAUACUGUGCAGUCUGUGCAGAGUGUGGAACCGGAGGCUGUGCUAGGAGUGCGUUAAGGAGUGUACGCACAGUGAUAUUCGGCGCGGAGAAAGGAUCUAGUUUCGUGACGGACUGGCCUCUGCCGUAUGGUUCGAUAGACGAUAACGGUCCUACGAGCGUGUCGCUAUUGUGUUGAUAUUUAUCUCUCUCUCUCUCUCUCUCUCUUUCUCGAAAUUUAUUGUACUUCAUCGUUACAUCUUCCAAUUGUAAGGGCCUCCUUACGCCUUACGCUUUGCGCCUUACAUGAUCAGUGAAAGAAAAGUGGGAUAAGGAUAAAGAAGAGUCGUGAGAGAAAAGAACGCCGCGCGGCAUCCUCUCGCCUCUCGCCUCUCGGCCUCUCGGCCUCUCGGCCUCGCGCGGGAUAAUAGAAGGAGAGAAGUCGACGCGAAGACGAUAAAUACGAUUCGGAGCAAGAAGGAACGAGAAAGAAGAUCCGAGUGAACGAGAUCGCAUUGCGAAACGGAUAAGUAUCUCUCUACGAGUUGUGACGAGCGCGGAGAGAUUGGUCCAAUGCGCUCAGGAUCGUACAAUGGCCGAGGCCCUGUCCGACCCGAGACCCGUGAGCGUCGUUGCCGUCGAUGGUGCUGCUGUGGAUAAUGUCAGGAGCAACGCGGACCAAAUACAGGAAACGCGAGAUAGUGCUCGGUCCUUCACUUCGACAGAGGCGCAGACGGAGCUGGCGUUUCACAAUGGACCGAUGGGCCCUCAAACUGAGGAGGUUUCCAACGGCAUACGAGACGCGCGUAGACGAGAGCGACGGAUACGUAGACAGCACCGUCGCGCUCUGAGAUCUUGCUCCAUACCGACAUAUCCCGCCGCCACACCAGGUUGCCAGACGGUUUCAACCGCACCAGGAGUGCCGCUGGUACCACCCGCUCGAGGUUUCCUUCACCCUCCGCCCCCGCACUUGAGUCUCAGAGGUCUUAGUCUUGGCUUACCCUUUCCUGUACCCACUAGUGUGUCUGCCUUCAGCAGGGACACAGUGCCAAAACAGUGCUGCGGUUUGGGUUCUCCACCAGUACGUUGGUCUAUAUUAGGUGUCGGUUUCGUAGGUCUAGUCUGCGCCGGUGCAGGCACUCUUCUUGGCGCUCUCAAAGCUUCCGGUCGUGAUCAUCUUUUGGGAAUAUUUAUGUCGGGUAUAGGAGUGCUUCUGGUAUUGGUGAGUGCAGUAGCGUGGCGACUAACUAAUCAAGAUUAUUGUGGCAACUUAUUCGGCUUCACAAGCAUUUCCGGUAGAAUACCCCCUGCGAGACCGAUACAUCCAUAUGCCGCUAUGAUUUAUCCAGAAUUUCAAUUUAGAACACCGCCACCGAGUUAUCAGGCUAGUAUGCAAGACUAUAGACUUCGAUUGUUAUUAUUGGACCGAUUGCAGCCUACAUCAUCGCCGCCGCCGACUUACAGAUCAAAUGCGGGAAGUAUCGUAGCACCGGGUACAGCGAGAGAGAGUCGACCGCCGAGUUAUUGCGCCGAGUCCAAUGUCACGCCUAACAUCACUUUAGUAUCCUCGAAGAAGGAUGCGAAUCUUGUUAGGAUUGUCCAAACUGAAUCCGAACCGGUUAUUCUCAGUGGCGAUCAAACGCCACCGGUAGCCGCUGUCGAAGUACUGGCGCAUCUUUAGAUUAAGCGACAGAUUUAUUUACUGGCCAUUUCUUUCAAGGUUUAAAACGACGAUGUACCUAAAGUAGAUAGUGUUUUUAUGUAAAUUACUUUUUGACAUGAGAGAAAAUACGGAGACAAAGUUCAUAGACGCCAUGUAUGCCUUCACACCUCAAUUCUCAGAUCGAACGCAUCGUAUGUAGAUAUUCGUUUAUUAUAAUUCGCAGCUGUGUACAGUUGGGUAGACAAUGAAUAUAAGUCUACAUGUAAUACGAAGAAAUUCUAUGAUUAUUAGUUGAGAAUAAUUGUAUUUUAUAUUUAUUUUAAUAUAUGUGUAUAUACAUAUAUAUAUAUAUAUAUAUAUAUAUAUAUAUAUAUAUAUAUAUAUAAAUUUAUUUGUAACACUUCUUAUAUCCAAUGCUUUGUAAACAAAUGUUAAGUAUUGGAAUAUUACAUUUUAAUACUUUCAAAGAGACAAACAAAAAUAUGUAAUCGAAAUUUCUUGUCCACACAAUUAUAUUUUUGAUCAUUUG